CGCGGCUGCUGGUGCCGGCGUCGCCGUCCGCCUCGUUUCUGACCCCGGCCAGCGAGAGCGCCGCGUCGCUGUCGCAGCAGUGGACGGCCGGCAUGGGCCUGCUGAUGGCGCUCAUCGUGCUGCUCAUCGUGGUGGGCAACGUGCUGGUGAUCGUGGCCAUCGCCAAGACGCCGCGGCUGCAGACGCUCACCAACCUCUUCAUCAUCUCCCUGGCCAGCGCCGACCUGGUCAUGGGACUGCUGGUGGUCCCCUUCGGGGCCACCAUCGUGGUGUGGGGCCGCUGGGAGUACGGCUCCUUCUUCUGCGAGCUCUGGACCUCCGUGGACGUGCUGUGCGUGACGGCCAGCAUCGAGACCCUGUGUGUCAUCGCCCUGGACCGCUACCUUGCCAUCACGUCGCCCUUCCGAUACCAGAGCCUCCUGACCCGCGCGCGAGCGCGAGCCCUCGUGUGCACCGUGUGGGCCAUCUCGGCCCUGGUGUCCUUCCUCCCCAUCCUCAUGCACUGGUGGCGGGCGGAGAGCGACGAGGCUAGCCGCUGCUACAACGACCCCAAGUGUUGCGAUUUCGUCACCAACCGGGCCUACGCCAUCGCCUCUUCGGUCGUGUCCUUCUACGUGCCCCUGUGCAUCAUGGCCUUCGUGUACCUGCGGGUGUUCCGCGAGGCCCAGAAGCAGGUGAAGAAGAUCGACAGCUGCGAGCGCCGCUUCCUCGGCGGCCCAGCGCGGCCGCCCUCGCCGGCGCCCUCGCCGGCGCCCUCGCCCGGGUCUCCGCGGCCGGCCGCCGCCCCUCUAGCGAAUGGGCGCUCCAGCAAGCGGCGGCCCUCGCGCCUGGUGGCCCUGCGGGAGCAGAAGGCGCUCAAGACACUGGGCAUCAUCAUGGGCGUGUUCACGCUCUGCUGGCUGCCCUUCUUCCUGGCCAACGUGGUGAAAGCCUUCCAUCGCGACCUGGUGCCAGAUCGCCUCUUCGUCUUCUUCAACUGGCUGGGCUACGCCAACUCGGCCUUCAACCCCAUCAUCUACUGCCGCAGCCCCGACUUUCGCAAGGCCUUCCAGCGUCUGCUCUGCUGCGCUCGCCGGGCGGCUUGCAGGAGCCGCGCGACCCCCGGCGACCGGUCGCGCGCCUCGGGCCGCCCGGCCGUGGCCGGGCCGCCGCCGUCGCCCGGAGCCCCUUCGGACGACGACGACGACGACGACGUCGGGGCCGCGCCCCCCGCGCGCCUGCUGGAGCCCUGGGCCGGCUGCAACGGCGGGACGGCGGACAGCGACUCGAGCCUGGACGAGCCCAGCCGCGCUGGCUGCUCCUCCGAAUCCAAGGUCUAGCGCCGGUGCCGCCACCCACCUGUCCACCUCCCUGGCCGGGACUCGCCUCUGCGCCCCGGGAGGGAGGAAGAAAGCCCGCUUCCAGGGGAAGGAGAUCUGUGUUUACUCAAGAGGGAAAGCAGGUGAACUCGAAACCCACAAACCUCGUCCGAUUCAUCCGAGACAGAAGCCAGCGCAGUUGCACAGACAGGAAAGUUUGGGGAGGGGUGGGCGAGUGGCUUACUGGUUUUUCUUGGAUUCUUUUUUCUGUUUGUGGUUCGGCUUUCUCUUGUGUGUCGUGUUAUACAUCUUUGGAAUUUUUUUUUCCGGUGGUUUUGACCCUUUCUGCAAGGACCAGGGAGGGAAUAGGAGAAGCAGGAGGGAAGAGCAGUCCAUUCGCUUGGCUUCCAUCCCACCCCGGGAUGUAGUGCUGGAGAGAGGAGGGGGCAGGGGUGACAGUUUGUCAGGACAUGUUUCCUUUUGCUUUUCAGAGAGAUUUUAGUGUAAGUGCAGAGUAGUGAUUGCUCCUGUUCUUAAAACAAAGCGAAAGGAUGAAUGCAGGAAUCACAUGUGGGGGAAUAUUAAGCUCUUCUCUGCACGAGCCUCACCUUGCCUUCCUUUUCUAGGGCGAAUCUGCUGUCCCGUGCGCCUCCAGGGUCAGGCCGAGGGGGUUUCUACCUCACUUUGUGCACAUUGCACAGCAAGAUAGAAGACUUGUUUAUAUUAAACAGCGUAUUUGUGUCUCAAUAUUAGCUGGAAGGACCAGAGUCUCUGUACCUUGUGACUGUCCGUUGAAGAUAGGACAGAAAAGGAAAAAAAAGAAAGAAAACAGUUCAGAUUACUGCACAUGUGGGUCAAAACAAACAAUAAAAAUACAGAAAAUGAGUGGGUUAAAAUGCCAUUUUUGCACAGUGUUAGGAAUUGUAAAGUCCACAGAAGAUAUUACUUAUAUAAAAAGAAAUUACAUAUUUUUAAUGGGGGAGGGAAUCUUAAAAAGUAAAAUAAAAUUCCAACUUUACUUCUGCUGUCUGUUAUGUUAUUGAGCUAAUGAUUUAUUGGAAAGCUAUCUUUUAUACUCUCUUUUAUCAUGGUACUGUAAUCGUAUCCAUAUUACACAUAUAACUAUCUUCAGAAUUUUUUUUUAUUAUUUUUGUAUGUCCAAGUGCCCAUGUGAAUCUGGUCAAAUUUAGCACUUGUGUGUAAACUCUACUUCCUCGAGUGUUUUACCAAGUAUUUAUACUCUGGUGCGACUAACUACUGUGUGAGGAAUUGGUCCAUGUGCAAUAAAAUACCAAUGAAGCACAAGCAACAUUAAGUACUGUGUGUCUGUACGUGGUCAGCAUGA